GUCAUGGGAGCCCCAAGUCACACCACCACCUGGGCCAGGGCCCUCUGGGCCCUCCUCCUGACCACACUUGGCUCUGUGGCCAGCCAGCCGCUGGGGGGAGAGUCUGUCUGCACGGACCGGCCGCUGGCCAAGUACAGCAUCACCUUCACGGGCAAGUGGAGCCAGACAGCCUUCCCCAAGCAGUACCCCCUGUUCCGGCCCCCUGCACAGUGGUCCUCCCUGCUGGGGGCAGCGCACAGCUCCGACUACAGCUUGUGGAGGAAGAACCAGUACGUCAGCGACGGGCUCAGGGACUUUGCUGAGCGGGGCGAGGCCUGGGCCCUGAUGCGGGAGAUGCAGGCGGCCGGGGAGAAGCUGCAGAGCGUGCACGAGGUGUUCUCGGCGCCCGCCGUGCCCAGCGGCACCGGGCAGACGUCCGCGGAGCUGGAGGUCCACUCGCGGCACUCGCUGGUGUCCUUUGUGGUCCGCAUCGUCCCCAGCCCGGACUGGUUUGUGGGCGUGGACAGCCUGGACCUGUGCGAUGGGGACCGCUGGAGGGAGCAGGUUGCUGUGGACCUUUACCCUUACGACGCCGGGACCGACAGCGGCUUUACCUUCUCCUCCCCCAACUUCGCGACCAUCCCGCAGGACACGGUGACGGAGAUAACUUCCUCCUCUCCCAGCCACCCCGCAAACUCCUUCUACUACCCCCGGCUGAAGUCCCUGCCCCCCAUCGCCAGAGUGACCCUGGUGCGACUCCAGCAGAACCCCAGGGCCUUCGUCCUGCCCGCCCCAGGCCCCGCGGGCGCCGGCGGGGGCAAUGAGAUCAUGGACAGCCUCUCAGUUCCAGAAACUCCGCUGGAUUGUGAGGUCUCUCUGUGGUCGUCCUGGGGGCUGUGUGCAGGUCCAUGCGGGAAGCUGGGAGCGAAGAGCAGGACUCGCUAUGUCCGCGUGCAGCCUGCCAACCACGGGGCACCCUGCCCGGAGCUCGAAGAGGAGGCCGAGUGCGUCCCUGACAACUGCGUCUGAGACCAGAGCCCUGCAGGCCCU